CUGCUUAACUUCACAAAGCGCCCAUACCAACACCGAUCACGUGACUAGCUUCGAGUCAUGUGAUUCAGAUAAAACAAGCUCCACAUCCUGAUAUCUUAUAUGUAUACAAGAUCAGCCAACAUGGCUGGACUGUUGUUGUUUACGCUGUUGACUGUGACAUUAGCAGCAGGUGUCCACUACGACCCCACAUGGGAGUCACUGAAUCAAAGGCCCCUCCCGGCCUGGUACGACGAGGCGAAGUUUGGCAUCUUCCUUCACUGGGGGGUGUUCUCUGUUCCAAGCUACGCUGGAGCUUGGUUCCAGGAGUACUGGCGACAAAACAGAUCGGACGUUGUGGAGUUUAUGAGGGAAAACUACAGACCAGGUUUUACCUAUGCUGACUUUGCAGCUCAAUUCACAGCUGAAUUCUACAACCCCGACGAAUGGGCGGAGAUAUUCAACGCCUCUGGAGCAAGAUAUGUUGUACUUACAUCCAAGCACCAUGAAGGAUUCUGCAACUGGAACACCAAACACUCCUUCAACUGGAAUUCUAUGGAUGUUGGACCCAAAAGGGACUUAGUGGGUGACCUGGCCAACUCUAUCCGGAAGAAGUCCAUUCUCAAGUUUGGUAUUUACCACUCACUGUUCGAGUUUGUCAACCCUUACUGGCUCCAGGAUCAGAAGAACAAAUUCCGCACACAGGACUUUGUCCGGUUCAAGACCAUGCCCGAGUUGUAUGAGUUGGUGAAUCAGUACGAGCCCGAUCUGAUAUGGUCUGAUGGAUCCUGGCUGGCGCCGUCGUCCUACUGGAACUCCACACACUUUCUGGCCUGGUUGUACAACGACAGCCCCAUCAAGGACACUGUGGUGACGAACGACCGCUGGGGAGAUGAAUGUAUGUGUAAGAACGGAGGAUACUUCACCUGCCAUGAUAAGUACAAUCCAGGCGUACUACAGAAACACAAGUUUGAGGAUGCGACAACUAUUGAUAAGUAUGCAUGGGCCUUCCGACGUAACGCCAAGAUUGAAGACUUCAACACAGUCUAUGAACUUAUUACUCAGCUUGUUCAAGUUGUCAGUUGUGGUGGUAACUUCCUGCUGAAUGCUGGCCCCACGUCCAGCGGUAUGAUCAACCCAAUAUUUGCUGAGAGGCUGCUCCAGAUUGGCCAAUGGCUGAAGCUUAACGGGGACGCCAUCUAUGGGACUCGACCCUGGACUUCCCAGAACGACACAGCGACACCUGGUGUCUGGUACACAUCCAAGAAGUCAGCAACCGGUAUUACUGUGUACGCCAUCACUCUCCACUGGCCAAGGGGAGAUAAGCUGGAGCUAGGUGCCCCACAAGCGGGUCCCGCCACCAAAGUAACGUUGCUGGGAUACCCAGGAUACUUUAACUUCCAAGCUGGCGCCACAUCAGGAAUGACAGUGAUGAUUCCAACAAUACCAUUUAAUCGUAUGCCUUGCGAGUGGGCCUGGGUUUUCAAGCUUGAUAAUCUCAAAAACCAAUAGAAUGCCUUAUGUAUACUUAAUAUGCAUUUGUUUAGCGGGUUCUCAUUGUGAUUUUAUGGUUUAGAUAUAUUUUUUAACAUGUUUUUUAUUCCUUGUGUAUCCUGUUUUGGAUCAGAUGGUCUGUGUUUGGAUAUAUUGUAUUUUUGUACAUACGUGGUUGAAUACUAAUUUUUUGCUUUUAAAUUACUUGCUUUGAAAGAAUUUAUCAUUCAUACUUUUAUGGAAUCCAUGUUACUGAACAAACAUUUUUAAAGUGGAACAAGGGUAUCAAAGAGUGGAACAAACGUAACCCGAGAGUUGUCACAGGGAGACGCACAGACUGUUAAGGGGAGGUAAUUGCGGGAACUCUUCAGUAUGAUGUGUAAAACUCAGGCAACCAUAUGUUCUGGUGUUGUCAUUGUUACAGAAUAUCAAACGAAGCAUUCUUUUUUAUAUUUUACUCUGUUUUUUGAAGAUUUGAAUUUUACCAAAAAUGUAACAGUGAGAAAUCAGAUCAUUUUUAUAGAAAA